AUGGCGAAGGGAGGAGACACUCCCAUGACAGCAAUCGCAUUCCCACAGGAAAAAGACGACAAUGACGGCUCAGGUGUGGGUGUUCCCAGCCUCAAUCCAAAGCCCAAUCGCCAAUUCAGCAAGAAGAAGUUCUUCUCUUGGUUUGACGCAAAUGACGGGCCUUUGGAGCGUCGUGUGAUAUUCAAGUUGGAUUUCUUCAUUCUAUCAUACGCCUUCAUCGGCUUUUGGAUUUUGUACAUUGAUCGAGGUAUCUUGGCUAAUGCGUACAUCAGUGGCAUGCGAGAAGAUCUGCAUCUAUUCGGAAAUGAACUUGUGCAGCUGGGAUCUAUCUUUAGCGUCGGAUAUUGCGUUUCCAUGAUUCCAGCAACACUUCUUGUCACGAAAUAUACCGCUCAUUAUGUCAUUCCAGGGGCGAUGACCAUAUGGGGAGUAUUCACACUGUUGUGUUACCGUGCCAAUAGUUUCUCAGAGCUGGCUGGCUACCGUUUUAUGGGCCAUACUUCUGCUCAAUACACUAUGUUUUGGGAAGCUGGAAUUGGCACCAUGACGACCGGUCUUCUUGCUGCUCGUAUAUAUGAGUCGCUCGACGGGGCCUUGGGACACCCAGGCUGGCGUUGGAUGUACAUUGUCGCUUCCAUCAUGACCUUUCCAAUCGCCUUGUGGGGUGUUGUCAGUUUCCCUGGAACUCCCAAAGACGGCAAGAGGUGGUAUUUCACCGAUGAGGAGUUUGAGAUGGCGAAAGAGCGAAUGGCUCUCGAGGGAAGACUUGAUCCUAAAGGAGUAAAGUUGUCCUCAAAAUCACUUAGGCGAUUUUUUGGACGCUGGCAUUUCUGGGUGCUGGUGCCCUGGAACGUAAUGUGGCUCAUGGGCUACGAAAGUAUGGUCACAGGGAGCCCAACAUUGUGGCUGAAAAGCAAUCAGCAGUAUUCCGUGGUUCAGGUAAACAACUUCACAGCUAUUAGCCCGAGCUUCGGUAUACUUUUCAUCCUCGCAUUCUCAUGGACAAUCGACAAAGCGGGCCAAAGAGCAAUUGUUCCUCUGAUUGGCCUGGUCAGCCUAGUUCAUUUCAUCUCCAAGUUCGCGUGGAUUCUCUACGAUGAAACAUCAUUUGGCUUCAAAUGGUUCGCAGUUGCUUUGAGCUACAUAGAGGUUUCGCUGUCGCCUGUCAACUACAGCGUGGCCAACCUUGCUUGCGCUGGCGAUGCUGAAGAGCGAGCUUUUGUCAUUAGUUCUAUGCUUGCUAUCAGCACGGCCUUCGGCACUUGGGUACCGAUCGUAGCUUUCCCGACUCUUGAAGCGCCUCGCUUCUUGAAAGGCUACAUUAUGGAGGCUGUCAUGCAAGUCACUUAUUUUUCAUGGACAUGCUUCGUAGUCUGGUACUCAGCAAGAGAACAUCGUAAAAGCGACACUGAGGAGAGACCAGGGGAAAAGGCUUCUGCUUAG